AUGACUGCCUCACUCCUUACCCUAGAUGUCAAAGGCGCCUUUGAUUCCGUACUUCCCAGCAGACUGAUCCGCAGACUACGCGAGCAGGGCUGGCCUACCAAUCUCGUUCUCUGGAUUGCCUCCUUCGCUACUGGAAGAUCAGUUCAGAUCCGACUCGAUGGAGAGAUCGGCCCCUCAACAGACAUUACCUGCGCUGCCUGGCCACUUCGCAAAAGGCUUCCUUAUACCAAAAGCGGAUCUAUCCAAAUCCGAUGGGUCCCUGGACACGCCAAAAUCCCUGAGAACAAAGUGGCUGAUCUCGCUGCCAAAGAGGGAGCUGCCUCAAUCCCUGAGAACAAAGUGGCUGAUCUCGCUGCCAAAGAGGGAGCUGCCUCAAUCCCUCCUGCUCCUCACAAAUCCUCAUACGCCUCGCUAAAGAGAUACGCCAAGACUCAAUCUCUAUCCGCUGCUCAGUCACAAUGGGAGAAGGUGGCACCAUAG